UAUUCGAAGAGAUAUACAAAGAAAAUGGAGACUGAAGCAGUGAGACGAAGAGUGAACACGAUUGCUGCCCACUUCACUCCCACCGAUGAUAUUUCUCCCACUCACCUCUUUCCCAUGAAUUGCAGCAGUAGUUUGAAUUCUGUAAUCCCAAGACGUGAUAACAGAGUGUAUUUUGCAAGGCAAGGGUCAGCUUCUCAUGCAUUCUUUAUGAGACAGGCUUCAACUGAGCAGCCUGGUGUGGCCUCCAAAUGCUCUGCUUCUGAAGCGCCAUUGUUUUCCAGGCCAACCGGGAUGUAUGAACAUCAACAUGAAAAUAAACAGAUCCAAUCUCCACUGAGAGCUAGCAAAUCUGCUUUGCCAGCUGCGCCAACACUUCCUAAUUUUGCGAGACCAAGUUCACGAAUUGGUAGAAAGAAGCAGCACUUUCUUCCCCAGAAGAAAAUCUAUUCUCCCCAACGAGUUGAGUGGUCACCAAGGAUGGAUGUUGCAGAAUCUGAACGCAGUUAUGUUCUGACAGUAGAGAUUCCAGGAGUCGACGUCAAUGACAUCAGGGUGGAGAUCAAUAAACAAAAUUUACUUGUGAUGGGCAAACGCAGCACUCAGGGCUGCUACUUAGAGAAGUCAAUCUCAGCAUAUCACAAGAGAGAGAUUUUACAAGGACCAUACCAGGUUGUCUGGCCACUUCCCUCUAAUGUGGACAGGGACAGUGUCUCAGCUGAGUUUCUAAAUGGGAUUUUACAAAUCAUUAUUCCAAAACUUUGAGGAUCAGAUUACAUCACAUCAGAUGAGAUCAGCCAUUGAUGAAUACAUUAUAAAUUCAUGUGAAUAGCAGCAAGUUACAAUCUCUGCAAUUUUAAAUUAAUUUCUACUAUAUAUUGUUAGAAUAUCAUAAAUGUACUUAUCAAUAUCAUGGAACCAAUUACAUCCUUUAAAUAUUUAUGAUAAGAUUAGUCUCAUCAACAUUUACAAGACAAUUUUGAAUACAUGUAUGACUGUGAUCAAGUUUCAGUCCAUUUUAUUUCUUAUUGUGCCUUAUAAAAAACAGAAAGGGGGAGAAAAUAUUCAUUAUUUACAUGAAAAU